GGGUCUCUUCGCGGCCGGCCAUCUUGUGCGGCAGCGAGCAGGGCGCGGGGGGCCCGGCAGCAUCGGAGCAGGAUCCCGCCGACGGGGGCCCAUCAUGCCCGGACACCUGCAGGAGGGCUUCGGCUGCGUCGUCACCAACCGCUUCGACCAGCUCUUUGAUGACGAGUCCGACCCCUUCGAGGUGCUGCGGGCGGCCGAGAGUCGGCGGAAAGAGAGCGGCGGCGGCGGCGGGGCCCAGGGGGGCGGCGGGGCCCGAGGAGGCCCGGCGGGGGCGCAGAGCAACUCCUCGGGCGGCGCCGGCGGCGGAGGUCCGGGCCAGGCGGGCUCGGGCGGCGGAGCGGGCAGCGCGGCCAAGCAGCUGCGCAGGGAGUCCCAGAAGGAGCGCAAGAACCCGCUGCCGCCCUUCGCCGCCUCCGCCGGGGGAGAGCGCCGGGAGGAGGGCGGCGGGCAGCCCGGAGCGCCGCUGCGGAAGGAGGGGAUAAGGCGCAUUGGCAGGAGGCCUGAUCAGCAGCAGCAGCAGCAGCAGGGUGAAGGCAAACCCAUUGACAGGAGACCUGAGAGACGACCUCCUCGCGAGCGCCGAUUUGAUAAACCUGCCGAUGAGAAGGGAGAAGGAGGAGAAUUCUCUGUUGAUAAACCCAUCCUGGACCGACCGAUGCGUGGACGUGGUGGACUUGGAAGAGGCCGUGGCCGUGGCCGUGGGAUGGGCAGAGGAGAUGGGUUUGACUCUCGUGGCAAACGUGAAUUUGACAGACAUAGUGGCAGCGAUAGAUCUUCUGUUUCACAUUCACAUUUCAGCGGCCUAAAGCACGAGGACAAGCGAGGUGGCAGUGGAUCACACAACUGGGGAACUGUCAAAGACGAACUCACUGAAUUGGAUCAGUCUGCUGUAACUGAGGAAACGCCAGAGGGAGAGGAACAUCCGCCUGCUGAUUCUGAAAACAAGGAAAAUGAGGUUGAAGAAGUUAAGGAGGAAGGUCCUAAGGAAAUGACCCUGGACGAAUGGAAAGCUAUUCAAAGUAAGGAUCGUGCAAAGGUUGAGUUCAACAUCCGUAAACCAAAUGAGGGUGCUGAUGGGCAAUGGAAAAAAGGAUUUGUUCUUCACAAGUCAAAGAGCGAGGAGGCUCACGCUGAGGACUCGGUAAUGGAUCAUCACUUCCGUAAGCCCGCCAACGACAUCACAUCCCAGCUGGAGAUCAACUUUGGAGACCUCGGCCGCCCCGGACGCGGUGGCCGAGGGGGCCGGGGUGGCCGAGGGCGUGGAGGCAGGGCCAGCCGUGGGGGCAGGACUGACAAGUUGGUUAAGGAGUUUGAUGUGAUCCACACGCCCAACCAGUCAAGUGCUUCUGCUCCUGAUGUAGAUGACCCAGAGGCUUUCCCAGCUCUGUCCUAAACUGGAUGUCAUAAGCCAACCCUGCCCUCGUCGGGCCUUCCUCUCCGAGGCUUGCAUGCUUAAGGAUCCUAAACAACUAAGAAAUUUAAAAAAAAAAAAGAAAGGAGACUGUCAUUCAUACCAUUCACACCUAAAGACUGAAUUUUAUCUGUUUCGAAAAUGAACUUCUCUCGCUACACAGAAGCAACAAUAUGGUAGUCAGUUUUGUAUUUAGAAAUGUAAUGGUAGCAGGGAUGUUUUCAUAAUUUUUUCAGAGAUUAUGCAUUCUUCAUGGAUACUUUUUUGUAUUGCUGCUUGAAAAUAUGCGUUUCCAAACUUGAAAUAUAGGUGUGAACAGUGUGUACCAGUUAAAAGCUUUCACUUCAUUUGUGGUUUUUUUUUUAAUUCAGGAUUUUAGAGAUUUUCCCCUAACUGCGAGCUGGAUUUGACUCCUUGCACACUACCUGUGUCCCCUUGGCUCCUGCUUGGCAGGUUUUUACUGGCCCGUGGUCUUUUGGAAUAGGUGGUGUUUUAAUUUGGCAGACUGAGUGCUGUGUGAAACACCAACUCCUGAAGUUACUUCGGUUCUAAUGCUUAAUUUCAAACUUGGAAAAACAGUCAUUUUUCAUCUGCUUGGUGGUUUGUUUACACAGAAGCUUUAUACAGAAUUGUUAGCAGGUACUUGCAAAAUGCUCCAAGCACACUGGGCUCUGGUUCCAUGGCCGUGGAUCCGGCAGCGAUGUGUGGCUCGUUGGUCUAAACAGGUUUUGAAAUUAGUGUGACACCUUGCAUUCACCCCUCUUACCUUUUUAUUCCCUUCUUCAACAGAACAAGAAGCUUUGUUGGCAAAAAGGGAAAAAAGCUUUUAAAUUACCUCUGCUUUUCCUUUGGGAGGGUGCCCUGGAGCUGAGCCACCUCUCCUCUUGUGCAGAGCUGGGAGGGAGGUGGCAGCUGCAGCUCCUCUGCGGCUGUGGCACAGUGCCCCCAGGACAGUGGGACCCCAUGUGCUCACAGCACACACAGGCAGCCCUGCUGAGGAGGCAGCCCUGGCAGGAGGGCCGGGGGCACUGCAGGCUGUGUGUGAUGCAGAAAGGUGCAGAACAGAACCCCGGCGCUUCACCUUCAGUCCAAAUUUCAUCUGGGUGCUGUUUGAGGCUGGGCUGCUGGCUGACAAAUGAAUGUUUUUCAGAGAGCGAUUGUAAGAAAUCCUUCACACCACUGUAGUAACGCGUAGGUUUAAUUUAACCCCCGCCAAUGGGGCCUCACCGCUUCGCUACCCAAAAGCAGUUCAGAGAAUGACGAGUAAGGAGGGUUUCGUAGGGUUUUUAUCUGCAGCAUUUAGUAGGAGACUAGAAGCAGGAUUCUCAUUUUAUUUAAUGUUUUACACUUUGGACAGCUUAAAACAUUUGUAGUUUCUUAACUAGGUAGAUAGAAAACAAAUGGUAAUGCCCUAUUUUUUUAAAAGCUGUACAGGACAGGCAAAAAGUGUGGGAGACCUUUGACUAUGUAAUACCGCACUCCUUGACCGUGGUGUUGGCUGGCUCGAUUUCCCUGAACUAUUUUCUACAGACGUGUUUGUUGUAAACCACUGUGAAUACCAUCAGAUCAGACUUCCUGGUGUUCUCACCUGCCAGUUCAAAGCACCAGGCUGGGAGGAGGAGGCAGGUUUCCAGCCGGUGGAUGGCGAUAGCUCUUGGCUCAUUUCUCCUGACUAAGCAGGCAGGCAGGUGCUCGGUGCAGGGGCUGCACUCCUUCCAGCACUCAGUGUUUCUCUUCCGUCUCCCGCUGUGAGUUGGUAGAAUGUGCUGCAGUUUCAGUUUUGGGACGCCUUGAGUAAUACAACUAAUUGCCUUGACAUGCAGAAACGCUUACAGAAAAGCUUUCUCUGUAACAUAAGCCUUCCCCAUCUCCAGACUGUGUAUCUGCUUGUUUCAGUUGUCACUCUGCUUUCUUCCAGAUGCCUUCUGGGCUGUCCAGUUGGUCAUUUGGGGCCAGGCUGGCCAGAAGCUUUCCCUUCUGCUUUAGAGACUAGAGCAGUUCCCGGAACGGCACGUCACGUACGGUGCUCAAGACAGCUUGUACUUAAAUUGGUCCGUCUGCUGUUCUGAUAGAUGUAAAUUUGCCUCUUUCAGUCCAUUCGUGUCAAGAACUAAAACUGUGAACAUAUAUCUUUAAUAUUGGUGGGUGUUAACUGAAAUAAAGGUUUAUUUUCAUGCUCUUUUAAAAA